AUGGCCGAGCUGGGCGAAGCUGAGCUUCGUGUCCUAGGUGGUUUCCUCGUCAUUGUCGCCUUCGUCGCCGCUACCGUCAAGAUCAUGAACUGCAGACGGUUGCUCAGGUUCGAACGAAUUGUGGAACCUCAGGUUGAAAGAGGUGAUAUCCCCAUACGCGUCAACGAGAAUACAGAAGUUCCCUUUGGCGUCAAAGCACUCGAUGGGGGACCUUCGAUCGAAGGCGUCUGGAAUGCUCACACAGCAACGCCUUUGCAAGGGCCACGAUCGAGGAAUAGGAGUCCUUUGAUCCAGCCCGCCAAAAUGCUUCGCCGUUCAAAGAGAGACGUUUCAGUAUCGUCAAUACCGCCACUUGAUAUAACUGAGCCCACGUCGACGGAUGAUGCUGCGGGUCAGUCUUCAACUCAUCACCGAUUUCUUUCUAACUUGUUCCCAGUCGUCGCGCCGCUAAUGCCUUUCGAUGGACCAACCGAACAAUCACCUGCCACUCUGCCCAAGCGAGGAAAAGCGAAAUCGAUUACAAUCAGCUACUCCCGACCAUCUGCAAGAUCUGAACAUGCUUCGAGUUAUGCUGGUCUAGAAGCCGAGGGCUUGCUCAACGGGCCGGUCAGCCCAGCGGACACUACCUUCCGAUCAGACUCACCACCGAAACUGCGUCUACACCCCUCUUCCUGCAAGACCGAGAAUCGUCGCCGCAGAUUUGUUAUCGGAGGUCGGACCAGCCCCACAAAGACGCCCAGUAAGCCUCCAGCGAACGAUCACGAUGUCAUUGACCGAAUGAACGCACAUCGAAGACUGCACUCAGCUGAGCAGGGCCAGCUGAUCCCACGAAUACGACCGCAUUCUGAAGAUAACGCUAGAGUCGAGACUGAUUAUUGUCAAUGUGACGAGGUUGAUGGUUCGCCCUCUCGCGCUGUAUCUUGGCCAUCAGAUGAGCAGCUUCGCCAGAGCAACUCGAAGGCACAAAAGCUGAAGACCAUCACAGCAUCACCCGCCGUGGCCCAGACAGCCAAAGUCGAAGCUCGUCCGCCCGCAAAGCUCUGCCCUUCGGCAUGGAGCGAGAAAACACAAGAGUUAAUGCAUGAGCAUAUAUAUCGACAUAUCAGCGUUGAUGAGAGCGUUGUCACGCCAUCUCUGUGUUCCGAUACCACUCUAUCCACCGCCGUUGCAGGUGAUGAGGCUGUGUCUAUUGAGAACAAGGUCACGCGGAAGGUCAAUGACGGGUUUGAGAUCCUGCCCGCCGGCUCUCUGCAGAAAGAAGCCGAGAUCAGAGUCGUGGGUAUCUGGCCAGAUGCUGGACAAGACGACACCAACCAGAAGAGGAGACCACGGAAACUCCAGAAGAAGCACCGUCGGUCGAGCUCGGCAGGAUCUUACGCGUCUAGGACCUCGUCCGAGAGCACGCGAUCUAGCAGAUUUGCUCUAAUGCACCGCCCUCAUUGA